AUGUUAUCUGAGACCGUGCAGCGCUGGCUUGCGCUCGACUGGUUCACCAGUGAAUUGGGCCCAGCAAAUAACAAACCCAUACAGGCCACCGGGCGCGCCAAAGACCAGCUUUUGGCUGCGGCUGCACCGAAUGCGAAUGGGCACAUUGCUCUAAGUAAUUCACACAGCUCGCUCUUAGCACCAAUGAAGCACCACACCGAAGAAAAAAUCAACAAUGUGCCCAUUGCGGUGAUUGGAAUGUCAUUUCGCUUCCCACGGGGGUUGGAGUCGGCAGAAUCCUUCUGGGAAGCACUGACCGAGGGCCGUUCGGCAUGGUCUUCCUUUCCCGAGAGUCGUCUUCAUUUCGAUGGUGUCUAUGAUCCUGACGAGGAGCGAUUAAAUGGGUUCCCAGUGAAAGGUGCCCAUUUUGUGGACGGCGACGUGGCUGCCUUCGAUGCGCCCUUUUUCACCAUUGGGCCCGGGGAGGCUGCUGAGAUCGAUCCACAGUCACGAAUCCUACUUGAGACCACAUAUCAUGCAUUGGAAAAUGCGGGAAUUCCAAUGGAGAGGGUGUUCAAUUCCAAAACCUCUGUUCAUACGGGCAGUUUUGGUGAUGAUUAUAAGGCAUUCUCCACUCGCGAUCCACAAUUCGGUGGUCAAUAUUCAGCGAGCUCUGUUUCCCCCAAUAUGCUCGCUAAUCGCAUCAGCUGGUUUUUCAAUCUUCGUGGAGAAUCAAUCAACAUGGACACUGCCUGUUCCAGCACGCUGAUUGCCUUCCACACAGCAUGUCAAGGAUUACGUGAUGGAAAUGCAGAGAUGGCAAUCGUAGCGGGUGCAAACCUUUUCUUAAGUCCGGACAUGGCUAUGUCUCUAAACAACCAGGGUUUCAUAUCACCAGACGGCCGAUGCUGGAGCUUUGACGAGAAAGCAAAUGGUUACGGACGUGGUGAGGGUUUUGGAGCUCUAAUCCUGAAGCGUGUUGAUGAUGCCUUGAUAAACAACGAUUCAAUUCGUGCCGUGGUUCGCGCCACGGGGACGAACCAGGAUGGACGUACACCGGGGAUCGUGCAGCCUAGUCGGCAGGCGCAGGCAGAGCUUAUUAGGGAAACGUAUCAAAAGGCAGGCUUAGACAUGCAUCUGACGCGAUAUGUGGAGGCCCAUGGAACCGGGACACCGGUUGGUGAUCCAAUUGAGGCAGGGGCAAUUGCAGAUGCAUUUGAACACUGCAUUUCUCCAGCAUUUCCUCUAUACGUGGGGUCUGUCAAAUCUAACAUCGGCCAUUUGGAGGGGACCAGUGGUAUUGCGGGCCUCAUCAAGUGCGUGCUUAUGCUCGAGCAAGGAAUGAUUCCGAGUAUUGCUGGCCUUGAGGCUGUCAAUGCCACCAUUGCGAAAAGACAUCCUAGCCUGCUGUUUCCACAAAGGCUUUGUCACUGGCCGUCAGAAGGUCUACGCCGCUUGUCUAUCAACUCUUUUGGUUUUGGGGGUUCCAAUGCCCAUGUCAUUAUGGACGAUGCUCAGAACCAUCUGAAACACGCUGGAAUAUCGGAAUACCAAAAUAACCAUCUCUUCGCUUCAGAGAAUCCAUAUCCGCAGAUGCUUAUCUUUUCUGCACAGGAUGAAAAGGGUAUUGGUCGUCUGGCACUUACAUACAGUCAACAUUUUGCCGCUUCGGAACACUCCAUUCAUGACGACUAUAUGUCGCGUCUAGUGUACACCUUAAAUGAACGUCGGAGUUUAUUACUCUGGCGGUCAUUUGCCAUUUGCUACACUUCGGGACAGUUGGCAGACGGAAUCAAGACAUCUCGACCUGUUCGAGCACUUUCGAGCCCUCGCUUAGCACUUUGUUUUACCGGUCAAGGAGGGCAGUGGGCUACCAUGGGUGAUGAAUUAAGACAAUUCAGGAUAUACAAUCAAAGUAUCUCUGAUGCUUCUGUUAUCUUAAAAAGCAUGGGUUGUCCUUGGAAUCUAGAAGACUGUCCAGAGGAGCUAUCGCGAGAUGAGAAGAAUACCCGGAUUGAUGAGCCUGAGUUCAGCCAGACUUUGACCACCGUUGUUCAGAUUGCUCUCGUAGAUCUGAUGGAAAGUAUGGAUCUCCAUUCGACGGUAGUAGUCGGUCACUCAUCAGGCGAAAUUGCCGCUGCGUAUUCUAUUGGGGCUUUGGACCAACGAUCUGCAAUCAGCAUCGCCUACUAUCGAGGACUCUUGUCCUCUCGACUAGCGAAUAGUAGCGCUAAAGUUGGCGCGAUGAUGUCAGUCAACUUGUCCAAAGAUGAAAUUGAACCUUACUUCGAGGCUCUUCAAGCCCAACAUGGGCAUCUAGGGAUCUCAAUUGGCUGUGUCAAUAGUCCGGGAAAUGUUACCAUCACGGGAGACGCGCCUCAAAUCAACAUUCUCAAAGAAGUUCUGGACCAGAUCGGGGUAUUUGCACGUAAAGUUGCGGUACCAGUAGCCUAUCACUCUACUCAUAUGCAUGCAGUUGCUCGGGACUAUCUCAAGGCUAUUGGCAAGCUCUCUUCCCGUCGUCGAGCCCUGGCUGAUGUCAUGAUAUCCUCGGUGACAGGCGAGGCUGUAACAUCCGAGCAACUUGUGCGCAAGGAAUAUUGGGUGCAAAACAUGGUCUCACCAGUUUUAUUUUCCUCUGCUUUGAUGGUUGCUGUCUCGUUAAAAGCCCAAAAGAAUGGGAACCCUGUUCGUGAGACAACUCGAUUGCAGAUUGAGGACAUUCUGGAAGUGGGCCCUCACUCCGCCUUGCAACGGGCUAUCAAGGAAACACUGAAUGCUAUCAGUCAAAACGCAGGAAUUGGGUAUAAGUCUGUACUUAUUCGGAAUGUCAAUGCAGUUCAGAGCCUAUUUGAUGCUCUCGGCUAUCUCUAUUGCCGUGGACAUCAAGUCAACAUGCGGGCGGUUAACCGGCUCAACAUGCCAACAUCCCCUUUACCAACGCUACUGAACAACCUACCCAAGUAUCCCUUCGACCACAGUCACUCAUACUGGAGAGAAUCACGGGUAAGCAAGGGUCAUCGUUUUCGGGGGGCUCCGCGCAAUGAUUUCCUGGGAAUGCGAGUGCCAGACUGGAAUCCACAUGAAGCAAAAUGGAGGAAGCGAAUCAAGCUGUCAGAAGAACCCUGGAUCGGGGACCACACCAUCGCGCGGGUGAACAUUCUUCCCGGGGCAGCCAUGCUAGUCAUGGCGAUAGAAGCUGCCAAGGACGUUUCUCGAUCACAAAAGAGUCACGAGAUUGUGGGAUAUACCUUAAGGGAUGUCUCUUUUUCUCGAGCUCUAGCUAUCUCCCAGGACCCAGAUGGCACUGAAGUGGAAUUCUACCUCCGAUCCAGUGGGCAAUCGGCAGACCGCGUGAACUCUUGGUCAGAAUUUUCUCUCUAUUGUAUUGAGAAUGACACCUGGGUAGAGGCAUGUCGCGGCCGUAUUCAAAUUUCUCACGUUGAUGAGGGACUAGUCGAUCAAGGCAGACAGGCUCAACUGGAAAGGGGGCGACACGCCGCAGAGCUCUCCCGCAUACGCAGCUCUUGUCCGCGAACCGUCAACAUGGGGCGCAUCUACAAGUUACUAUCGGAAAAGGGUAUCUGCUUCGGUCCUGCUCACCAAGCUAUCAAAUCAUGUGCGUACAAUGAUAAUAUGGAAUGCUUUGGGGAGGUCAAUCCUCAUCAAUGGCGAAUCAAAGCCCGGAAAUUCGAUCAGACUGACUUUACCGUCCAUCCAACUUUUUUGGAUGGAUUGUUCCAAAUGGGCUUGGUUGCCAUGACAGAAGGUGGUACCAGCAUAUCCCCCAGUGUGGUUGCUGGGAUUCGCCAUUUGUGGAUUGCAGAGGGCGGUAUUCCAGCCUUCCAGGAUCAGAAACAUUCUCCUCACAUGUUGGUAUGGAAUAAAUCUAUCUUCCUCGGCCUCGGAAAUACUUCUUCAAAUGUCGUCGCACUGGACCCAACAGGUCAACGAUCAGUCGUGGUUGUUGAUGGUCUGGAUGGCAAGUUUCUGACCGAGAAGGAGGACAGAGGCAAGACUCGUCGUCUCUGCUGGAACUUUGACUACCGUCCCGACAUUGAGAUGUUAAACAAGGCUGAACUUUUGACUCAAGUCACGACUGGCUUCCCCUUACAGCAGGCACCUCGGGAAUUAGACCAUGACGUUAAGUUGUUACUCUAUCUCUGUAUCUUACGGACGUUGAAAUACCUUACAAUCGGGGAUAGAGACAAGCUCGCCCCUCACCAUCGGAAGUACCUCGUGUGGAUGGAACGUGAAAAGGAAAAGUUAUACUCGAACUCUCCCGCUACUAGAGGUAUCGAAUUUAGAGCGGUCUUGGAUGAUGAACAGCUUUACAACAAUAUGAUAGAUCGUCUGGAGGGUACUAAUUGCCGGGGGAAGUUCUUUGCUGUAUUAGCCCGCAAUCUCUUCGAGAUCCUGACGGGAAAGAAGGAUGCCCUUCAGGUCAUGUUUCAGACUCCCCUGGUCAAAAACUACUACCAGGAGUUAUACAAGGCGACCAAUGGGCUAAGCAAAGCCCUGUCGUUCAUUGAUAUAUAUGCCCAUAAACAUCCAGACAUGAAAAUUCUGGAGAUCGGGGCAGGGACUGGGUCUAUGACGCGCUACGUCUUGGAUACAUUGACCCAAAAUGGCUCCCGGGAAGCCGGGGCUGGCACUCCGCGGUUUUCCCACUACACCUACACCGACAUCUCAGCAGGCUUCUUCUCUGAUGCCGCAUCUUUGUUUGCGGAGUUCUCAGACAAAGUGACUUUUUCCGUCCUGAACAUCGAGAACGACCCGGUAAAACAAGGCUUCGGGGAGUCAGCAUAUGAUCUGAUCAUCGCUGACAAUGUCUUCCAUGCCACCCAAAACCUCGAGACCACUUUGCGAAAUGCUAGAAAAUUACUCAAGCCAGGUGGUAGGCUCGCACUCUUCGAGCUUACCGAUCCUGAGAAUGUUCGCACUAACUUUGCUUUUGGGUUACUGCCAGGUUGGUGGCGGUAUCAAGAUAGGUACCGUACUUUCAGUGCCGGUGUCUCCGAUGCGGUUUGGGAUGAACUUCUGAGAAACACUGGGUUCUCAGGUAUCGAUCUCGAUCUUCAAGAUUAUGAUGAUCCUGUUUGUCAUGAGCAUAGUGCUUUAAUCACAACUGCAACGCUUGAAGCUGAAGAAAUUUCACACCCAUUUCCCAGGACUUUGAUUGUCUUGGACCCCAAAUCCUCGAUACAGAUUGUUGUCGCAAAGCAGGUGGCAGAAUAUUUACAGAAUGUAGGAAUCCCCGAAACAAUGAGCCUUUCUCUUGAGGGGGCUGCCCAAAUCCCGAAUUUGAAAGAAUGGUUCUGCAUCAUGAUACUUGAUCUGCAAGAAACAUCCAUUUUAGCAAAGAUGAACCCAGCCGAGUAUCAACAGAUUAAAAUCUUGUUGCGAGCCGACGGGGGUAUAUUAUGGGUGAACAUUGGAGGCGGAAUUCGACCUGAGCGACCUGAACAUGCUCUGGUUCAAGGCGCAUUCCGGGGACUGCGUAUGGAAGAGCGACAUUCAAAAUUCAUCUCCCUUUCGCUAGACGUUACUCACGUGAGCGACGCGCGCCAUGCAGCGAAUCGAAUCAACCAGGUUUUUAAGACUGUUGCUACCCGACCAGUCAACGACUGUGAGCAAGAGUAUGUUGAGCGGAAUGGUCACCUAUGUGUCGAUCGCUUCAUUGAGGCCAAUUACAUCAACCAAAGCCUUCCCAGACUGAUGGCAGACACGCAGCCAGGCGAGUGCAGGUUCAGCGACCACCCUGCAUUAUUACUCACUAUCGCCUCUCCUGGUCUAAUAGACAGCUUAGAGUUUAUCGAGGACGAGACCGCGAAAGUGGACCUCGCCCCAGAGGAGAUCGAGAUUGAGGUUGAGGCUAGCGGAGUCAACUUUCGAGAUUGUCUUAUCGCACUUGGUCGACUUCCAGGAAACAGCUUUGGCUUUGAAUGUGCCGGUACAGUGUCUCGUAAAGGAAGAGAUGUACAAAACCUGGAGAUUGGGGAUCGGGUCUGUGCUAGUGCCUUGGGAACUUACCAAACGUACACGAGAUGUAACGCCACUGAUGCUAUUCUACUUCCUGACUCUAUGUCGUUCGUCACAGGCGCAGCUCUUCCCGUGGUGUUCACCACCGCCUUCUAUGCUUUGACUCGCGUGGCGAAUAUUCAAAAAGGAGAGUCCAUUCUUAUCCAUUCUGCAGCGGGAGGAACAGGACAGGCAGCUAUACAAGUUGCUCAGAUGCGCGGUGCUGAGAUAUUCGUCACCGUCGGGUCACCAGAGAAGAGGGCACUUUUGAUGGAGACCUAUUAUAUUGCAGAGGAUCAUAUAUUCGACAGUCGCAACACAUCCUUUGUCAAUGGUAUCCUUGGAGCGAAAAACGGCGGGGUGGAUGUCAUCCUUAACUCAUUGAGUGGCGAUUUCUUGACCGAAAGUUGGCGAUGCAUCGCCCCGUUUGGUCGGUUCCUAGAGCUGGGUAAGAAGGAUGUCCUCUCUAACAGCUCUUUGCCAAUGCUGCCAUUCGCCAAGAACGCAUCUUUCCAUGCAAUUGAUCUAAAUGAGGCUCGGAAGUAUCAACCCAGGAUUCUGGAACAGCUACGCAACGAUAUCAGCACUUUGCUAGUCGAAGGCCGGAUAUCUCCUCCGCAACCAAUUCACUUGUUUGGAGUUGGAGAGAUCGAGCAAGCAUUCCGGUAUCUCCAGAGUGGCAAGAAUACUGGCAAAACUGUGGUUGAGAUGCGGCGUCACGAUUCGAUCAAGACGAAUCUCAAAGUAAAACGGACCUGGGACUUUGAUGGCCACUCCAGCUAUGUAAUUGCCGGGGGAUUGGGUGGUAUUGGUCGCAGCACAGCCAGGUGGAUGGCCCAACGAGGAGCGAAAUACUUGAUCUUCCUUUCUCGGUCGGGCGUAUCGAAUGACGAAGGACGGGAUCUAGUGGACAGUUUGUACAAGCAGGGUGUCACAGUCGAAGCUCCCCGGUGCGAUAUUGCAGAUUUUAACAAACUGAAGCAUACCUUGAACGGCCUUGAAAGUCGAAUGCCUCCGAUUAAGGGGUGCAUUCAGUCGGCAAUGGUUCUCCGAAACAAAGUGUUUGAAAACAUGGCCUAUCAGGACUGGACAGACACUUUUGCCUGUAAAGUCCCGGGCACGUGGAACCUUCACCAGUUACUACCAAGCGGUAUGGACUUCUUCAUCACCUACUCCUCCAUUGCUGGAGGAGUCGGAGGGACCGCCUCAUUUAAUUAUUCUGCCGCCUGUGCCUAUCAGGAUGCACUGAUGCAUUACCGUAAUGCCCAGGGCGAAAAGGCAAUAACAUUCAACCUUGGCGUCAUGGUUGAUGAUGGCGUUCUGAGAGACAAUGACACAGUGCGGACCGCACUCAUAGGGACGGGCUAUUUGCUGGGUAUCACCCAGCGGGAGAUGUUUGCCCUACUGGAAUAUCACUGUGACCCAGCCCUCCCAGUCCAUGAUACACCACUACGAUCUCAAGUACUCGUUGGGCUUGACGUCCCCUCGAGUAUUAAGGCUCGCGGCGCAGAGAUUCCCAUAAUUAUGACCCGCCCGCUUUUUCGUGGGGUGUGGAACAUCACCGACACUAAUGAGACUGUGCACGAGGAUGUUAUGGCAGACGUGGUUAAAGAUCUGCUUGGUGUGCGGUCGAAAGAGGAGGCGGGGGUGGUCAUCGCGCAGUCCCUGAUGCAAAGGCUCAGCAAGGCAUUAGGUGUGCCUCUGGAGAAUCUGGACCCUUUGAAGCCGAUGCAUGCAUUCGGGGUAGAUUCCUUGGUAGCGGUUGAGUUGCGGAAUUGGUUCAAGUGGAAGCUGGAGGCAGAGGUGGCGGUUUUUGAACUCCUGGGGAACGCAACCUUUGAUGAUAUUGGCACUUUGGUUGCCGGUAAGAGUAAUCUGGUCACGGCAAUGCUCAGAGAAUCGGGGCCCAGUGUUUCAUAG